AUGUGGAACAACCUAAACAUUCAAGUGCUAACUCAAUCCCAGAGUUUCAUCCAUGUCCUUGUCACUCCCCCAGCUCUGGAACAACCAUGGCUCUGCACAGGUAUUUACGGUCCUCCACAUCCAGCGGCAAGAUCUGAUUUUUGGCAGGAUUUCCCAAUAAUUUUCCCCAACAUAACUAACUCAACCUCAUGGUUGUUGAUAGGGGACUUUAAUGAAGUAAAAAACCAAUCGGAGAAGAAAGGAGGAAGACAAGUCAACUAUAGCGAGACUCAGCCAUUUCUCACAAUGAUAGAUCAAAUGGGAUUCAUCAACCUAAGAUUUCGUGGGGAUCCAUACACUUGGACAAACAAUCAGCAGGGUCAAGACAACAUAUUAGAAAGAUUGGAUAGAGCUCUUGCAACCCCAUAUUGGCGCAUGGCAAAUCCUCAUGCCGUCGUCACUCGUCUUCCGAGGAUAGCGUCCGAUCAUGCACCCAUCCUUUUGCGCACCAAAGCAAUUGAAUGGCAGGGACAAAAAAAUUACAAAUUUGAACAUCUAUGGUUGACGCACCCUCAUCUCAACCAAGUUGUAACUUCUGCCUGGACUCAACAAAGUGACGUUGAAUCUGCUCUGAACCUUCAGCUAAAGCUAAUCACCACUGGCCAAACUCUUAUGGAUUGGAACAAGGACACCUUUGGGCAUCUUCCAACACUGAUACGGAAGUCAACAAACAAAUUCAGAGGGCACAACAUUAGUGCGCCAUUCAUAAUGGCGAGGAAUUAUCAUAUUGGUUAA